AUGGUCUCGUUGAGGUCCGUCACUCAUUCCUCCGCAGCCGCAGACCUGUCGUCCGCAGCGGCAGCGCGGUCGCCGCAGAACGGCGAUUCCCUCGUUGAGGUCCGUCACACGCGCCUUCGCACCCGGUCGUCCGCACCGGCAGCGCGUGUGACGGACUUCAACCAGAGGAUCGCCGUUCUGCAGCUGCUGGCAACAGUGGCAGCAGGAGACGCAAGUGAGCACGCCGCGAUGCUCCAGCAACGAAUUGAGGCACGCGGGAAACACCUUGCAGAGAUGGCUGACCGUGCUGCCGCUGCGCACGUCCGGUCUUCGGCUGCGAAGGCGCGUGUGACCGACCUCAACCAGAGAAUCGCCGUUCUGCAGCGGCAGGCAACAGUGGCAGCAGGAGAAGCAUGCGAGCACGCCUCAAUGCUUCUGGACCGAAUUAAGUUCCUCGGCCUGGACCUUGAGAGGAUGCCUGACCGUGCUUCCGCUGCGGAAGCUCGAUCUACGGCUGCGGAGGAACGUGUGGCGGACCUCAACGAGAGGUUCCUCACUCCUCAGUGGAGGGCGACAGCAGUGACGGCGGCAGGAGAAGCAAGCGAGCACGCCACGAUGCUUCAGGAAGGGGCCGAGGCACUCAGCCAAGACCUUAGGGGGUUGACUGACGCCACUGUCGCCGAAUCGAGAGCCGCGUCGCUUGCUACAAGCGCAGGCUUCUCCGCGGCGGGAGCAGAGACAACGAACGAGGGCAACAAUGACGACGACCUCAUCAACAGGGCCCUCGAGAGGGUGGCGAGCGUAGAUCUCGCUAUCGCGAGGUACACGGAGGCGAGCGCAGAACUCCGGAGCGCCGCUGACCGGGCUCCCGAGGUAAUAACGCACGAGACACCCCGUUCUCGAGCCCGAUCGCAAGGGAUCGAGGUCGCGGCGGUCGGGCGAGUAGCGGGAGCGGAAGUGAGGACAGUAGAGCUAGGACUCGGCAACGCCCGCCUCCGUGCGCUCGCCGUGGCGGGCAACGAGGAGAGCAAGGAAGAGGUGGUGGACGAGGAGGUCCGAGCUCGGCGAUUCCGCCUGUCUGCCGAGAACUCGCACUUCGAGCGCGAGGUCGCCUACGAAAACGCUUCGCCGCACGAGCGGGCCCGCCGGGAGGCCGACGCGCGGCUUGAGGGUACCGUCGGGGGCGAGGCGGAGAGGGAGAGCGCCAACGGCUGCCACUGGCGGGCCGCGAUGGCAGACCUGCGCGAGAUCGACGUGAGGAUGGAGAGGCUGCAGCCCAUCAUCGAGGCGGGGGGAGAGUGGCUGCGGCUGCAACGCUUGAAAGACGAGGAGGGAAGGCGCUACGAGUCGGCGGCGAGCAGCAGCGCGUCGGAGGCGCUGGCGCGAAGAGUGUCCAGGUUGGAAGAGUGGAGGGACGGCCUAGAGGAGUGGAGGAAGGCCGCCAACGAGCAGCGUCGCGCGGAAACCGACGCGCUGCUACGGUUCUCGGACGAGGCGAGGACGACCGCAGGGGUCUUCGCCGGCCAGCGGAGGCCCGGGGCCUUGGCCGAGGAGAGGGCCUCCCGGACGAGACGGCAGGGCGGUGCGUCGAGCAACCGAGUCCAGGUCUAGAGGUGAGGACCAAUAAUUGGUUCUUGUGGAAGGUGCAUUCAUUCUCUCCUGUGAAUUGUUUUUUGUCCAAACCUUCCUGGCCUAGGGGGCUUCAAUAGAUAUCGAUUGUACGCUGUCUCAACUGAAAAGUCCCGGCGGGGUGAUUGGUUGCCGCGGGGCGCCGGAUUUUAUUCUGUUUCUCGGAGGCGGAAAGCUGACGCCCGCCCUUACCUCGGAAACACUUGCUCAACGAAGCUGGCAAGGGCCCUCUGUUGUCACGCGUGCAGCCUCACAGAAUACAGAUAUUGAACGGCAUGCAUCUCAACCCACCCGUCGACGACUUUCCCGACUGGGAUUUCCAACGCACUUCGUCAAAGAUUUUCUCUGGGUUGUUGACGAUCCCCCCGUCCACCGACAUGGAUAUCGCGGCAGUUGCUAUUCCCAAACGUCUGCCUGGACUGGAACUCAACCCAAGGCGACAGCCAUUUUCUGUGUGUCGGUCUUGAUUGCUCGUUCACAGCUGCUCUUACUGUGGGAUUCAUGCCCUAUCUACAUCUCCAGACAUUGAGGUAGUUUCACACGAGCGGGAGGAACCAUAGUUAGGAUCAAUGCGGGAGGAAGGUGUACGUUUCCUGAGCACACGAGACCUACAUUGUCGGGAUUCUCUGCACGCUUCACCGUGAACACAAUUUAUCUUUCCUUCUCGAGGAAAGAAGUAAUUGUCGAUUCUAGUCAGAGAACGACGUGCAUACCACAUGCAAGCACAAUAACAAUCCGAUGCACCACAUUUUGUCAGGCUACGCUCAGCGCCGCCAUCCGACAGCAAUACACCCACUUACACUCCCAAACCCUCCCUGACAUGCUUCGUGACCGACUUCGAACCAAACACAACCGCAGGGGUGGAGGUCACGGGAUGUUAGGGCGUACCGAUGCCCGAGUGGGAGUACAGUAAUGUUUACGGAGGGAGAUAGAUGUUUACCACUUGUGGCAGGAGGAUGUGUGUGCUACAGUGGAGUCGACGGCGGGAGGGGCGGGCGCGGGCGCGUGUUUGCAACUUCGUUCAUGUUUUACCCCCACUUCGUCGUGAGGCGGGCUGAACCAAACAACAGCAGGUCGCGGGAUGUGAGGGCGUACCGAUGACCGAGUUGGAGCACAUUUUUGUUUACGGAGGAGAAGGACGUUUUCCACUCGUUCCAACCGGGGGUGUAUGAAAACGUAGCGUGGGGAGUGCAUGUAUGUACAACUUGGGGCAUGUUUUAUUCCCACCUCUUCGUGAGCCGGGCUGAAAAGGCAGCAGGUUGCGGGACGAGGGAGUACCGAUGCCCGGGUGGGAAUACAGUUUUGUUUGCGGAGGAGAAGGGCGUUUUCCACUUAUUCCAACCGGGGUGUAUGAAGACGUAGCGUGGGGGGCGCAUGUAUGUGCAACAUCGCCAUGUUUUAUCGCCAUUUCUUCGUGAGCCCGGCUGAACAAAAUAACAGCAGGUCGCGCGAUGUGAGGGGGUAUCGAUGGCCGAGUGAGAGUACAUUUAUGUUUGCGGAGGAGAAGGACAUUUUUCCAUUCGUUCCAGAAGGAUGUGUGUGCUAUAGUGGCGUGGAGGGCGGGGGGGGGGCGGGGGCGUGUGUGUACAACCACGGCAUGUUUUCUCGCCACUUCUUCGUGAGCCGGGCUGACCCAAAUGACAGAAGGCUACGGACUGUACAAGGAGACUCAAGCGCGAGUAGGGGUACAAUUUUGUUUGCCGAGGGAAUGUUCGCCACUCGUGACAGGAGGAUGUGUAUGCUACAGUGGCGUGGAGGGCGGGAGGGCCGGGGGGGGUGUAUGUGUAUACCUUCGUCAUGUUUUAUCCCCACUUCGUGAGCCAGGUUGAUUCAACUAGCAGCAGCUCGCCGGAUGCGAGAGGACCAAUGCACGAGUGGGAGCACGGACGAGAUGGGUGUUUGCCACUCGUUCCAGGGAGAUGUAUGGUACAGUACACGUCGGAUGAUGGCGCGUGUUUGUAAAAACUCGGCAUGUUUUUGUCUCCAUUUUUUCGUGAGCCGGGCUGAAAUGAACAAAAGCAACUCACGGGGUGUGAGGGAGUACCGAUUUCCGAGUGGGAACGCAGUUUUGUUUAUGAAGGAGAGCGACAUUGUCCACUCGCUCCAGGAGGAUGUGUACAAAGUAGCCAGGGGGGCGGGCGUAUGUGUACAACUUCGUCAUGGUUCAUCCCCACUUUUUCGUGAGCCGGGCUGAACCAAGUAACAGCAGGUCGCGGGAUGUGAGGGAGUACCUAUGCCCGAGUUGGCGCCCAUUUUUUAUUUUACGAAGAAAGGACGUUUUCCACUCGCUCCAGGAGGAUAUGCACAAAAAAGCAGGAGUGGCCGGGGGAGGCGUGCGUUUCGUGUACAACCAUGGCAUGUUUAUUUCUUCACUGCAUUGUGAGCUGGGCUGAACCAAAUAACAGCAGGUCGCGGGAUGUGAGGAGGUACCGAUGGUCGCGUGGGGGUAAAAUCUUGUUUUCGGAGGAGCUGGGUGUUUUGCACUCGUUCCAGGGGGUUUCGUACAAAGUACGGAGAGGGCGGGGGGAGGGGAGGCGUGUUGUGUGCAACUUGGGGUAUGUUUUAUCCCCACUUUAUCGUGAGCCGGGCUGAACCAGAAAACAGCAGGUCGCGCGAUGUGAGGGGAUAGCGAUGGCCGAGUGGGAGUACAAUUGAUUUUUCGGAGGAGAUGGAUAUGUGCCACUCGUUCCAACCGAGGCGUAUGAAGUAAGUAGCGUUGGGGGGGUUGCACUACCAAGGCAUGUUUUUUCUUCAAAUUCUUUGUAAGUAGGCGGACUCAUACCACACCGGACCGCUGAAGGUGGCAUUGCGCGUGAUUGAGUGUAGCAUGGAUAUGAACAGACUGCCUGGUGGUCGUUGCAAGGUGUGUGCUUGGCGUAGCACCCGGAGGGUCGAUCGAACAUGCAUACGGGCAUCCGCGACAGCCUUCGUCUCGUUCUGUUUUCCCUGUUCUUCGUUGACUUUCUGUAAACAGAAGCGGCCAGCAGCGAUGUUAGAUGACGGAGUGGGAUAUCUCGUGCCAGAUAUGCCAUGGAUGACGGCAUGCCGCCAGGUUGCUUUGGGGUUGCUCUCUGCGACGGCCGAGGGUGGUACCGGUGCCACGAGGUCAGAAGACGGCGGUGUGUAGGGUGCAUCACUACUUUCUCGCCAUACCUGGUGGAGCUGGUGAGGUAGACAAGUUUAUUGUGGUAUUUUGCGGAGCGGCAGAGUGAGUUUCUUCUUGUUCACGGUGGUCGGAUGUCUACCGAGAGCAUAGGGCACCGGUAGACGCCGUUGUUUAUUUUGAGGAGCGGUCUAACGAGAGCGCGGGGUGUCGGUUGACGUUAGGGUUUCCCUGCCAGACCAAAGCUUUCAAGUAGGCCCGUCGUUGGUCGUAAGUCAAGGCUUGUAGGUAUGUUUAUCGUUAUCGGUGUCGUCGCAUUUGCUCGCAAGCUGGCUGAUGGGUGUUGCCGUUGAGGUCGUGUUUGCCAGUAUUUUCCUUGCUCGGGGUGCCAUUUCGCUGGGGUGAAGGAGAGAGGCAAGGCGUCGUUGCUGGGACAGAGGCAGCGUUUUCCCCGCACGGCCGUUGGACGAUCUCGGGCCGACGUUCGGGUUGAGGGUUUGUGAGGAAGGGGGGGCAAGGGGCUCGUUCAGCCGUGAGCAGCUUGGC